AUGGCCUCAUUUACUUGUGUUCAUCCUCUGCUCUUGUUGCUCUGUUCCGUCUUACUGUUUCCAACAACCACAACUUCUUCUGAGAGCAACAAAGUCAGAGUUGAUGUCUACUAUGAAACCCUGUGUCCCGACAGUGAAGAUUUCAUCGUCAAGGAUCUGAUCAAGCUCUUUCAAAGUGGGCUCAUCUCCAUAGUUGAUCUCAAGCUCUAUCCCUACGGCAACGCCAAGCUUGGAUCCAACAACACCAUCUAUUGCCAGCAUGGUCCAUCUGAAUGCUUAUUAAACACCGUGGAAGCCUGUGCCAUCAAGAUCUGGCCUGCACUGAAUGAUCAUUUUCCUUUCAUUUAUUGCAUUGAGAGUUUGGUUUACGAGCACAAGUAUCCCCAGUGGGAGUCAUGUUAUGAGAAACUGGGUCUGGAUUCAAAACCUAUUGCUGAAUGCUACAGUAGUGGACUUGGCAAAGAGCUUGAACUACAGUAUGCAGCUGAAACCAGUGCUCUCCAGCCUCCACAUCAGUAUGUGCCAUGGGUAGUUGUGGAUGGACUGCCAAUUUAUGAGGACUACGAAAACUUUCUGACCUACGUCUGCAAUGCUUAUAAUGGCACCACUGCCCUCAAGGCUUGCAGCAAACUAUCCCUUAAUACCAUCCAAAAGGCAAGCACUAAAUCUACGCUUUCAGUUGGUUGUAACGAGGGCAAGAUGCCAGCAUUAUUCGGAAGAAUAAGAUCAACCCUAACAUCGUGGAUGCGUCAGAUGAACAUGGCAAUUUGGAUAUAG